UGAACGGCGUGCUAAAGCAAAUGUAAAACGCUUAAAAGCCAGAGUGACUCUUCUUUCAGAUGCAAUGGCGGAGUUUUUCCUGUAGUCACGGAUUACCUUCAUUGCUCAUUUAAAAUAACUCUGAAAAACUUUCUAAACAAUUUUAAAAUCCAAUUGCUGCUAAGAGCUUCCAAAGGACGAGGAACAGUUUAUAACCAAGUUAAUGUUGAGAGAGACUAAUGGAAAAACUUACACAGCAGGAAAUUGAAGAAUACGUCGAGGCGUUCAGAUGCUUUGACCUGAAUGAAAACGGUCAGUUAUCCACAAAGGAACUAAAGUAUGCUAUGCGCAUGCUUGGCUUGAACCCAACCGAUCACGAAGUUCAGGAACUUGUGAACGACUUGGACUACGACGCACUUGGCGACAAAGACGAGCUGGAAAAUGAAAAGACGAAUGAAACAGAAAAUGGCAAACGGCGAAAAAGGAAGAAGUCGAGGGAAGACGAGAAAAUGCAAGGAGAAAAAUGGACAAAGGACGACUUUCCGAUUUAUGAGGGCGCUAUAGAUUUUAAAAAAUUUGUCAACUUGAUGGAAAAACAGCGAAGUAUGAUGCAGGACGACGAGGCCGCCAUGUUGUUCACUGUAUUCGAUUCUGACCAUCGUGGCUUCAUUGAAGGAAAGACAAUCAAGAGAUCGCUGCAUUUUCUGGAAGAUGUCCCCACCGACGAGAUAAACGAAAUACUGGCGAUGACAAAACUUUCGGAUGACCGGAAGAUAACUAUGGAAGAGUUUGUGACCAACUUUCUUUCACCUCUGAUACUGAAGGAAGAGAACAGUGAGAUGCUCUGAUCUGGCAUGCGCAACUGAAAAGCAAAAGUCUCUAGUGUUUAGUUUUUCUUUUAUUUAACUUUAUAAUGCUAGAAAUACCCCCCAAAAAAUUGGAAUGUUUUAAGCUAUUUUGAAAAAGUAAAACGUUGAGUAAUCUACGAUGACGUGAGUAGCCCAUAGAGCGAAAAUUGUCUGGCAUUUUGGUUUAGUGAAUUAGCUUUCUUUCAAAACAUUUAUUUCAAUAAUUUUUCUUAAUGGAUAGAUUCAAGUGGGAGAGAGCUUUUGCUCUCAUUUUAUUUAUGUAAUAUAAACAACAUUUUUGGUAGAUGCAAACCCUGUUUCUUGUAGCAAAUUGAUUUUUAUUCCGAGCAAGAGAUGAAGACACUCUGUUGGACAUUAAAGAACUUGAUUCUCAAAUUAGGUAUUUUGAGAACUCAAAUAAUGAAAAUUUUUUUUAAGUAAGAAGUUAAAUGCUAUAGCAAUGUUUCAUUAAUAAAAUUCAAUAA